UCCCGAAAGACCCGAGGUGAGGUAGACUAGUACACAUUGUGAACCAUUCCAAUCCACGCCCAUCUCUGCCUGCCUGGUAGACAUAUAGAGCACAGUCUUCGUCAACUCUGCCUGCCCCUUGGUUAUACACUACUCGAACAGCUACCUCGGUCUUCCUAACAAUCCUCAGGACAAGCUCUACUCAGCCAAUCUCGCUCUUCGGACUUUAGGCCUCACUUCCGUCACCUCACACUCCCUCCUGGCAACAUGGGUCUCUUCGACUUCUUCAGCUCCUCCCCUUCCUCCUCCUCCUCCUCCUCAUCCUCCUCAUCAUCAAGCAGCUCCUCCCCCCCUCCCAUCCCCAAUUCCCUCCCCUCUCCUCCCUCUCUCCAACCCUCCGCACCCGAAGUCUCCUCAAAACACAUCACUGCACUCAACCCUCAAGGAAUCAAACCCUGCUGUGCCUGUCCCGAGACAAAGAUUCCCCGUGACGAUUGCUUUUUGAGAUAUGGCCAUGAGGGGUUGGAAAAGGGGACGGAGAGUGAAGGAGAAGGGUGGCGUUGUAGAGAGUUGGUAGAGGAGCAUAGGAGAUGUAUGGCAAAGUUGGGAUUUAAGAUUUGAGGGGAGCAAUGGUGGAAGGGAAACAGAGGAGAGGAGGGAAGUAUGGAUGCGGGCGUUUGAGAGAGAGGGAGUUGGAACUCGUCAUACCACCACUACUGGCACCAUCA